AUGCUAGGGCUCCACCUCAGGUCAUAUUUAAGCUUGGAUUUCACUAGAAAGAGUUUAUGGCGUGUUGGCUUGGUUUAUCGACUCGUUAAAAGAAAUGAUUAUGGUUAUGGCAUAACCAGAGGAAGUAUGGACUGUUCAUUCUAUUCUGCCGUUUCAAAAUUUCCUGUGGCUCAGAUGGCACUACAUAUUGGAAAUCUGUCGUCCCACGUUCGUGUUGAUGAACUCGAGCGCGUUUUCCGGAGGUUUGGAAGGUGCACUGUGCAGGUGAAGGAAAAAUACGGGUUUGUGUUUUACGAUUACCCUGCAUCUGCUGAAAAGGCUCUGAAAACACUGAAAGGCAUGAGAGUUUGUGGGGAGGCUAUUACUCUAUCAUGGGCCAAAAUGCAGCCUCGUGCUCCUCCGAGACCCUCGAGGCGCGGCAAGUUGUACAAACCGCCAAGCAGAGGGAAUUACUCCCUGAAAGAAAAACCACAUGGAAAUGUUGCUUCCAUCAAUCCAUGGGAUCAUGGGAUGGAUCUCAAGAAAUUUCGAAGGCUCGGUUCCUCUAUCAUGGUCGAUGGACCAAUCAGCCACCAACCAUAUCGUUCCAACCUUUAUGAGAGAGGAAGUGACCAAACACAUCCUAAUGAUCGUAAGCACGUUGAGGGUGGUAGAUGGGGGGAGCAGGUUGUGGGCCCCACUAAUGGAAAAGACGUGGAUAAUGGCUUGGAAUUUGACCGGUAUGAGCCUCAUGACAGCGACAGCAGAAGGGAAUUGGACGAGCGUGAAUGCAUAUCCCCUUUGGCCCAUUCACCAUCUGUUAGGAUGUCCAGGGAGAAAAAAGGAAAGUCACACGACUGGAUGUCUGAAAAGGAUUCCCCUGGAAGGCCGGACCCUAGUAAAGGGUUCAGGGACAAGAAAAGAAAUUGGAGGGGUUACGAUAGUCGGGAUGUAAAUUAUCCGGAGGGAGAAAAAGGGCCAUCAUCUUCUGCAAUUCACUCUGACCAUAAUUCCUUCAGAUCUCAAUCAACUUCCAGACCAUUGUCAAGGGCAUUAUCUCGGUCCCCAUCACCAUCCAGGUCGAAAUCGGUGUCUUCAAAGAAUGUAUCCCAGUAUUCUUCUCCGAGGUCCUCACCUUCAUGGCAUUCUGGAACCAAGACCUCUAAGUCACAGUCCACAUUGAGGUCAAUAUCUCCCUCUUCAAGCGAAAGAAAAAAGGAUUUCAAAACGUCUGUGGCAAAUGCUGUUAGUCCAGGCCACAGUGAGGACCUGUCUGAAGAGGAGGCGGGUGCAUUUGGAGCUGAAAAUAUCGCAUCUGCAGUAGAAGGUGAAUUUGAGACGGGACUUACCAAACUGGAAGAGGAGAAUAUGACGAAAGGUCUAUCCGAGGAUGGUGAAUUUGUCUCCAGAGGCUCGCAUGACCUUUUGGAGUCAGAUGUGCCAAAAUCAGUUGGCGAUGUCCGUAAUAUUGAUAAUUUGUCUCUGCACGGUGUGGAAGAGAUAAAUGAUUCACAAAAUGAGGAUUUUGUGGGAAAAGACAUGCUGGCGCGGGAGUCUGAUGUUGUUUCUGUGAGGUCUGAUGCUCGGAGUCGUGCAAGAAUGUCUUCAGAGGAAAUGUGCAUGGUUCUGGGACACUACGGCCUGCAGUACCCUGAUGAAAAAGAAAAGGAUUUAUCUGUCGAGACGUACUUUGGUUCUGCACGCUUAUGGCCUUGGGAGAUGAUAUUCUACAGGAGAUUGAAAAGGGGCCUUAUAUCAACUGAGAAUUAUUCUCGGAGACUUGCUCAGAAUGACGAAUUUGGCAUCGUUGAUAAAUAUAUCAGAAGCAGUAGUGGGUGGGGAGAAUUGAAUUAGCUUGAUUCUCGAGCAGCUUUCUCGUCGAUAAAUGCUUCUGUUCUUCCUCAGUGGUCUCAUUAUCAUACUUUUUGUAGUCCAGUCUUUUGAGAAAUGCUUCCGAAGUUAUCAUUCCAAAUUCUUAUUCAGGUGAAGUUUCUUGUUAAGGAAUUUACGAAGUUGUUAUUUUAUCAAAAUACCAAGGUUUUCAGUUGACCCCGUUAAUUGCAGACCAAUUUUGGCUAGAAGUAUCGGAACCAAAACAUAAAUAUAUUGAGGGAAAGCAUUAUGCCGUUUCUUGGGUAUUUCAAAUAUUAAAAUUAUGAAAAGGAGCCGAAAGUGGGUUCAUUCUCCCAAGUGAAAGGACUAAUCCAUCUUAUAAGG